AUUUAAAAAACAAAAAAGCUUUUGAUUCGAAUUAUGAUUUAAGUUUUUAAAAUACUUUUGUUUUGAUUCUAAUUCCUGUAAUAUUAUUUUUAGUUCCAGCGAGUAAAUAGCAUCCUUAACUGUUAACUGAAGAUGGCAGUGUAACUUGCACACACUCCAUGCUCACUAGCCUAGUCCCAACCUUUUGGCGCCAACGCCACUCCUUCUUCGUGCUCGCGACCCUUUUCUCCUCCACUCGGGAUAUGUACCACGCGAACCUCGACAUCGUCGCCCUCUCACGCGCCGGGAAAGUCGACGCCGCACGCAAACUGUUCGACGAAAUGGCAACAAAAGACGUCGUCACGUGGAACUCCAUGCUCUCCGCCUACUGGCAAAACGGCCUUCUCCAACGCUCCAAAGCACUCUUCCACUCCAUGCCGCUUCGCAACGUCGUUUCCUGGAACUCCAUCAUCGCCGCCUGCGUCCAAAACGACAACCUCCAGGACGCGUUCCGCUACCUCGCCGCCGCGCCAGAGAAGAACGCCGCGUCGUACAACGCCAUCAUCUCAGGGCUCGCGAGGUGCGGCCGCAUGAAGGACGCGCAGAGGCUCUUCGAAGCGAUGCCGUGUCCGAACGUCGUGUCAUACACCGCGAUGGUGGAUGGGUACGCGAGGGUGGAGGGAGGGAUUGGGCGCGCGAGGGCGCUGUUCGAAGCUAUGCCUCGAAGGAACUCGGUGUCAUGGGUUGUGAUGAUAAAUGGUUUGGUGGAGAAUGGGUUGUGCGAGGAAGCGUGGGAAGUGUUUGUGAGAAUGCCGCAGAAGAAUGAUGUUGCGAGGACCGCUAUGAUUACUGGGUUUUGUAAAGAAGGGAGGAUGGAAGAUGCGAGGGAUUUGUUUCAAGAGAUUCGGUGCAGAGAUCUCGUUUCUUGGAAUAUAAUUAUGACGGGUUAUGCACAAAAUGGGAGAGGGGAAGAGGCACUGAAUUUGUUUUCACAAAUGAUCAGGACUGGUAUGCAACCAGAUGACUUGACUUUUGUUUCAGUUUUCAUUGCCUGUGCAAGUCUUGCAUCACUCGAAGAAGGAAGCAAGGCGCAUGCUCUUUUAAUUAAGCAUGGCUUUGAUUCAGAUUUGUCAGUAUGUAAUGCCCUGAUUACUGUGCACAGCAAAUGUGGUGGAAUUGUUGAUUCUGAGUUAGUUUUUGGACAAAUUUCCCAUCCGGACCUUGUUUCAUGGAACACUAUCAUUGCUGCAUUUGCACAGCAUGGUCUGUAUGACAAAGCACGCUCCUACUUUGACCAGAUGGUGACAGUCAGUGUUCAACCUGAUGGCAUAACUUUUCUGAGUUUACUAUCUGCGUGUUGUCGUGCUGGGAAGGUUAAUGAGAGCAUGAAUCUAUUUAGUUUGAUGGUUGAUAAUUAUGGUAUUCCACCAAGGUCUGAGCACUAUGCUUGCUUAGUUGACGUGAUGAGUCGAGCAGGUCAGUUGCAGAGAGCUUGCAAAAUAAUCAAUGAGAUGCCAUUCAAGGCAGAUUCCAGCAUCUGGGGUGCUGUGCUUGCAGCCUGUAGUGUUCAUUUAAACGUGGAAUUAGGGGAACUGGCAGCUAGAAGAAUUUUGAAUUUGGAUCCUUUUAAUUCUGGUGCCUAUGUUAUGCUGUCUAAUAUAUAUGCUGCUGCUGGCAAAUGGAAGGAUGUCCAUAGAAUCAGGAUUCUGAUGAAAGAGCAAGGAGUUAAGAAACAAACAGCUUAUAGUUGGUUGCAGAUUGGAAACAAAACCCAUUAUUUCGUUGGAGGGGAUCCAUCACAUCCUAAUAUUAAUGAUAUUCAUGUUGCUUUAAGGAGAAUAACAUUACAUAUGAAGGUAAAAGGAGAAAUUGUAAGGCAAUGUUGUAAGAAAGUAAUUUCUCCAAUGUCUUAUAUACUUGUCAUUUUCUCCCAGGAAGAUCAUUGCAAAAGGCAGACCCAAUUUGAUUACUGAGACCCCUAACUUGAUCAUUCCUGCAAUUUCAUGCAGAUUUUGUUGCGUCUUCCUUGGAAACUGCAUUUAGAAAGUUUUCCAUUCCUUCAUGAUUGUGUUAAACUAUAUGUACACACGCUCGCGCACAAAAAAAAAAAAA